AUCCAUGGCAAGAAGGAGCGCGGCAAGGAAUUCCUGCAGCUGAAAGAUACGCGCACUGGCACGUGGGUUCUCUGCAUGCAGACCAGCGCAUUUGACGACAGCUUCAAGAGGGCGCUGGCGUGGGCGACGGACGUGGCUAAAAAAUAUUUCGACGAAG